ACAAAGAAAGGCGGUUCCAUGGGAUAAGUGCAACCCAUUCUGCCCUUCUUUUCAUCCUCCAGUGCCCGCGUGUGCGUCCGUCACGUUCAUGAACACUCACCUGUAAGGAUGAGCAUGUGUCUUCUCUGGCUCGGCCUGCUCCACAUCAGCCUGAGCGCACUGUGGCAAGUGGCCGACACACAAGCAGCCAUGACCAUUGAUCAUGUGAAACUGACUGUGCUUCCUGCUAAUAAUGUGGAGACCGGCACUAAUGUGACCUUGCGUUGUGAGGCCAGUGUCAGUCAGAGCCUCCGUCAGUCACUGACAUACUCCUUCAGCCUCCUGCAGGAAGAUCAGGUGAUCAUCUCCAAAAAUAUUACUGACUCAGUAUUGGAGCGUACUUUAUCUCCAGCCAGGGUGUCCAACUCUGGUCGCUACCAGUGCAGAGUCCACAUCCGUAACAAGCAGAAGACAAGCAACAGUGUGUCAUUAACAGUCACAGGCCUUCAAGUCCCUUUGCUGAAGGUGAAGUCUGACAUCGUGUCUGAAGGGGAAAACAUUAUUGCCACAUGCAGUGCACCAGGGGAAACAGGCAGUCUGAUGUUCCUUUUCUACGAGGACAAGCAGGAGGUCAAGAGAGUCGUUCAUAGCACCAACUCUGUGACGACUACUCUGACAAUGCAAAAGCUCACAGACAUCUACCUGCACUGCACCUACAUGGUUAUCAUGCAUCCCAGUGCUGGAGUCUCUAACAAAAGCAACAUAGUCAAAGUUUUUGUACAAGAAAAUUAUGAGAUCACCCCACAAAUAAGCAUCUCCACCAAUGCAAAUGUUGUUGAGGGUGACAGGGUGCAGAUCACAUGUAAUGUGCCAUAUUCCUCAGAUCUUGAGUUGUACCUCACCAAAGGCAGCACUCUUCUUUAUAAAUCACAUGUAACUUUCACACAAAGCCUCGUAGUGAGAGCUGAGGAUUCAGGGGAGUAUGUGUGUAAGGCAGAGAAAGGCAACAUGCAAAAGAGGGCAGUAUAUCAGCUAAAUGUUGCAGAACUGUUCUCGAAGCCAAUUUUGAGCAUAAGCCCAGUUCAGGUUUUUGAAGGACAACGCUUCAUUCUGAACUGCACCAGUAAUGUAACGUCCCCAGUGAAGAUCACAAAAGCAGACAUAAAGUAUGUUUUGUUGAAAGAUGAUCGGACCAUUUCAGCAGCUGCCAGAUAUGAAGAAACUGCAAGCCUAGCCACCAAUGGGAAUUACACCUGUAUGGCCAUGGUUAAAGAAGUUAACAAGAUCAGCUUACCACUCAUUUUAAAAGCUAAAGUGCCUGUUUCUAUCCCAGUUCUUCGUGCUGUGAAUAAGGUGAUUAUUGGUAAGCCAUUCAAUGUUUUAUGUGAGGCUGAAAAUGGAACACUUCCAAUAACCUACAUCUUACUGAAGAACCACGGUAGAGUGGCUUACAAGAAAGUGACUGAAGCAGCCAGUAGGGCGAUUUUUGACAUAACCUCCAUCAGUUCUCCUGAAGAGAUCAACAGCUUCACAUGUCUGGCUUAUAACCGUGGGCCCUCGUACAGUAUGUUCAGUGAGCCCUUAACAGCACCAGUUAUAGUACCUGUUUCCAAGCCAGUCAUGGAUACAAAGGAGGCUACUGUCACAGAGGGGUCAGAUCUCACCCUCAACUGCGAAGUACAAGAGGGUACUCGCCCCAUCACCUUCACCUGGUAUCAUAACGGAGUUAUGAUCCCGCUCCCCACCAAAGAAGGAAAAUAUGUCGUCAAAGCAAUCAAACGAGACCAGAGAGGCGACUACCACUGUGAUGCUUCCAAUUCCGCCCUUGAAACCAAAACGAGUAUUUCAAUCAGAAUCAACGUCAGUUUAGCCCUGUGGAAGAAAGCUCUUAUUGGGAUCUUCUGUAUCUUGCUUUUGGUGGCUAUCGUCAUAGUCCUGACAGUCUUUUUUAAGAAAAUGUCACAUCCACGCAGAAAAAACCAAGCAACUGAGUUAUCAGUAAAACCUUCAAGGCCCAAAUCAGGUGAUCCCAUGAGAGUAAGCCUUACUCUCGACAUUGAAGACAACACUGCUCUCAAUGGAACUCCCUGCGUGAUGGGCAGGAAUGUCUGGAGUGAACAUGCAUCUGGCUCAGAUUCUGACGAUCAUACUGAUGAAGACUCUAAGCUGGUUCAGCCACAGGAAGUUGAUCCCAGCAGAGAUGAUCCCGUGAAGAAAAGCUUAGAGCCUGAAUACAGUGUCCAGCACACAGAGGUCCAGAUGUCCACGCCAGGAGUUUCGGAACAGGCUGAGGGCGUGGCAUUGGAAUAUGCACAACUCAACAACAGUGAACAAGAACCUGCAUGAGUCUCAACACUUCUCACCUAAUUUAUUCAGCUUCAGCACCACCAAAAGCUGUUUUUCUUUCAUGAUUUGCUGAUAUUGAAUCUUUUACUUUGUUGAUAUUAUUAACAGUACUUUGUGGCUUGGAUUGUUUAUUACAUGCGUUCAAUUUUGUUGUGACGUUUAUGUAUUAGAGAUUAAAAAUCUGAGCAAAAAUCUGA